AGAAUGUCACGUUUUUUCCAGGCUGACUCCAGUUCAUCAGAGUCAGAUUCGGAUGUGUCAAAUCAUGAAGAGCAAUUGCAAGUCACCAGAAAAACGGCUUCUAAGCCGACACAAAACAAAUUCAAUGUUAAAAAUAUUUUCGGAGAUGAGGCCGAAGAUGAAAAACGAGUUGUCAUCAGUGCCAGGGAGAAGAGAUAUGAAGAGCUACGCAAUCUGAUCCGCAGCAUGAAAAACUCGAAAAAAAUCAACGACUUCUCCAGCAUCCUGACUCUCUUCGAAGACUUAGUUAAGGUUUUUGAGAAGUCCAAGGCAGUGCUGGCACGGAGUGGCGAGGAUGUGCCGGAGUUCUACAUCAAAUGUAUUGCAGAUCUUGAAGACUACAUAUCACUGAGUUGGGAGGAUAAAGAUUUGCGUGGUCGUCUGAGCAAAACUAACGGCAAAUGUCUAGGAACACUUCGCCAGAAAAUCAGAAAAUACAACAAAGAUUUCGAACAUGAAGUGAAAAACUACCGUGAGAAUCCAUGGGACUCGGCAGCUGAGGGCGCAGAUGGAGAGGGUGGGGGAAUGGGUGAUGGCGAUGACCAAGACAUUCCGGAACCCGAUAGUGACGACGAUAUGGACAGCAGGAAUUUCACGAAAGACGAAUUUCUGGCCAUGAAAGAUAAAAGUGGCGGUCGCGGAGCCAAAGAUGACGAGUCGAGUGUGAGUAGCUGGGGAGGGAGUAGCGUAUCCUCCUCCGUAAGUUCAGUCGAAAUCAAAAAGGAAGGCGAGAAAAUCGUGUUCAAAAACAUCGCUCACUUCUUCAUCAAAAAGGAGACGAGUGAGAAAGUGCAGACGAAGGAGAGCAAUAAGGAAAAGGAGCAGCGGAAGCAACAGAGGAGGAAAGAGAGGGAGAGAAGACAGUUGCAGAAGAUGGCAGAAGCAGAAGGUGGGGCUUCAGGGGACCCCUUUUCCACCGAACGAGAGAGAGCUCGUCUGUUCCCGAAAGACAGCGAAGUGUCUCUUGACAUGCUCGUGAAGAAGUUCCGAGAAGUGAUUUCGAACAGAGGCAAAAAAGGAACAGACAAGUAUGAGCAGAUUGAGUUGCUGGGAGAGUUGCUGACUGUAAGUGAGCUGAACCAAGCAGCCUUGGGAGUGGGCGUCCAGUGCAAAGUCUACAUCAGUCUCAUUUCGGCUACUUUUGACCUCAACUCAAAUAUCUUCGACUCGAUGAAGCUCAAACACUGGCUCCUUGCAUUGGAACACCUGGAGAAGUUGUGUGCUCUGGUGUGUGAUAACAUCUCGUGUCUGAAAGUGGACCCCACUUUCACAGAGGAAGAAGAACAACUGAAGAAAGAAAAAGACAAGGAGACGACAACAACAGCGUCAUCAGCUCAAGUCAAGGAGAAAGCAGAGAACCAGGAGAACGGUGCUGGAGCUGCAGAUUCAAAAGAAGGAGAGAGUGAAAGUAAAGAAAAGUCGGAUGAAGAGCCCAAAGAAAAGGAGAAACCGAAGGGUGAACGCGAGUUCCUGUACAAAGUGAACGGAUGUGUGUUGACCAUGAUCAAUCGACUGAGCACGGAGUUCACCAAGAUCUUGCAAGACUCGGACUGUCAUUCGACUGACUAUGUUGACAAACUGCGAUAUGAGCCGCGAGUGUAUCAACUGGUGGUGCGUUGCCAGACAUACCUGGAACAGAGCGGGGCUGAGCCGGAACAGCUGUGCAAGUGCUACCUAGCCAGACUGGAACUCCUCUACUACAAGUUUGAUCCGACAAGUGUGAACGUGAGUGCCGGUAGCAGCAGUGACCAGUGGGGUUCCGCCGAGGAUGAACCGAUCCAGAAGCAGCAGCCGAAAGAGGGCGAGGAGGAGUCGGGAUUAGUGGUGGACAGACUGUGUAAGUUCAUCUACACGAAUGAUAAGACGAACUGGAUCCGAACGAGGGCUGUAUUGUGCCAGAUAUUCCAUCUGGCUCUACACGACAGGUGGUUUCAGGCACGUGACUUGAUGCUGAUGAGUCACCUGCAGGAGUCGAUCCAGUUUGCAGAUGUGGAGACUCAGUUGCUGUACAACAGGACUCUGGUGCAGUUGGGACUGUGUGCAUUCAGACAUGGCAACAUCCGAGUCGCCCAUGAUGCUCUCCUAGACAUACAGAGUAGUGGACGCAAGAAGGAGCUGCUCGCACAGGGACUCUCGACUCGAACUGCCGUUGAGAGAACAGCGGAACAAGAGAAGAUAGAGAGAAGACGACAACAGGCAUUCCACACCCACAUCAACUUGGACUUGCUCGAGUGUGUGUACCUUGUGAGUGCUAUGCUACUAGAGAUACCAUAUAUGGCAUGUCACGAGGGAGAUACGAAGAGACGCAUGAUUAGCAAGAGUUUUCACAAUCAGCUGAAACAAAGUGAGCGACAACCUUUGCCGGGCCCGCCUGAGAACAUGCAUGAACACGUGAUCGCAGCGGCUAAAGCUAUGAGAAUGGGCGAAUGGGAAAUGUGUUACGACUACGUUGUCAACCCGAAAAUGAACGCAAGGGUCUGGGACCUUUUUCCUCGUCCACAGUCAGUGAAAGUGAUGUUGAAGAGAAAAAUACAAGAGGAGUCCCUGAGAGCAUACUUGUUCACGUUUGGCAGCAAGUUUUCAACCAUAAGUCUGGAUAACCUAGCCCGUUUGUUCCGACUGGAAACUCAUACAGUUCAUUCGAUAGUGUCCAAACUCAUCAUCACUGAAGAGCUUCAGGCGUCGUGGGAUGAGCCCAGCAACUGUGUGGUGGCCCACAGGAGUGACCCGUCCAGUGUGCAGAAACUGUGCAACCAGCUUAGUGAGAAGUUGAACCAUCUGGUGGAGAGCAACGAACGACUGCUGGAAGCCAUGGGCAACAAAAACAUGCACUACAUGUUUCAGGGUGGAUCGAACCGAGAUCAGGGCGAUCGGGGCAACAAGGGGGAUCGCAACCAGGACAACCGUGGAGGGGGCGAAGGGGGAGACAAUCGGAACCAGAGGGGAGGGGGCAACCGAGGAGACCAUCACCGGGGGGAUAGGGGAGACAGGGGGCACCACCAGUCGAACCGAAUGCGACCGAUGUGGACUUAAGGGGGAGUUGAAUAAAUUAAACAAGUCAAUUAUAAAAAGCAGUGAUAGUGUCAUCAGCAACGAUUAUAAAAAGAACAACAAUGACUGCGCUGAAAACGAAGAAGCACGCUAUGCCAAUUGUCAAUAUGUUAACUGGGGCUGUAAUUGUGAACUUCAACAUAAUAAAACAAUUGAAGUUCAUGAUGGAAGUUUUUUUGUUUGCAUGAAUGAUGGAACUGAAUGUAAACGGGGUCUUUGUUGUUUUUCUGCUGUCCGAUUUGGAGUGUUGUUGUUUGCUGUGCAUUUUCAAAAAUACUCCAAUUUGUUGCUUUCCAUGUGCUUUUUGCUGGCUCGGAUUUUGAGUCUAACCAGAGGGGCAUCGGAGGGGAAAUUGAAAUUCGGGAUCAACUACUCAGAUGAAAUUUAUAACUAAAAAAUGUAUCAAACUGACUUUUGUUACAAUUACUCUCCUGAAACUGAAGCUCCUCUGGUUGUAUUGUUUGCUUAAUGUACUGAUAAAUGACUACUCGUAUUUAUUAUGUUACGAUUGAUGGCUCGUUGGAAUACCUAAUUCAUUUUGCAACGA